AUGGAGGAGGUGAUCGAGGGGGGACCGUGGCUAUUUCAAGGACAGCCAAUAGUUCUCCAGAAAUGGGAACCAGGGAUGGCCAUGAGGAAACUGAAAGAUACACAAGCACCCGUUUGGAUCAAGCUGAGGCACCUUCCAAUGGAAUUUUGGACAACAUAUGGAUUGAGUACUGUUGCGAGUGGAGUGGGAAAGCCACUUUAUCCAGAUGCGAUAACUAGAGCAUGCACGAGACUGGACUUCGCUCGAGUAUGCGUGAUGGUGGACGUCUCACAAAAUUUACCAAAUCAUGUCAUCAUCAUGACUCCAGAUGAAGAUGGCGGGGAGACACCAUGCAAAGUGUAUGUCAAAUACGAAUGGCUCCCACCAAAAUGCUUGGAUUGUAUGACAUUGGGGCACUCGGUUAUGGAAUGUCCACUUAAUAAAUCCAAGAAAACAACAAAACCACCAGUGGCUGUGUAUGUACCAAAACCUUUCACCGCCCGGGCACCAACCGAACCCGUUAGGGUACAGACAACAAAACCGCGUAAGGACUGUGAGGUGGUUGAUGGAAUGAAGGAUGGUGAUAACCCUGCUGAAAGUAAUGUUACCAAACAGGAUAAUUGGGGUAAGGAAGUGGUCAUUUAUAAUGCGUUUGAAGCUUUACAUUUUAUUGACAAUACAGAUGAGCAAUCUGGGGGUCCUAAUACAAGCAGCCCCAUAGGAUGUGACCCAUGCUGA